AUGGUGUCCCUGCAUAUCCCUGGCCUCCCUCCUAAACCAUCCUCCAGCAUUGUGGCGGCCACACACUUCCUCCAACUCGACAGGACACUCUACCACCACCACCUGAAGAUCUACACGGAUGGGUCACACUCCCCAUCGCCACCCUCCACGGCAUCAGCCAUUUAUGACCCCAGAACCAGCACCUGCAGGACGUGGAGACUCCCCCCUGAGACAGACGUCCUGACGGCCGAGCUGUACGCCCUGCACCAGGCCCUCGCACACCUCCACACCACCCAUGCCAGGGGCAAGGCAGUCAUCUAUACAGACUCCCUCUCGUCACUUCACCUCCUCCUCUCCCGCCACCCAACAUCCUCGACGGCCCUGGCCCACACCACCCAGCGAGCCCUUCUCCUCCUAACAUCUGAGGGGUGGGAGGUCACCCUGCAGUGGGUGCCCUCACACUCAGGCAUAAAGGGCAACAACAUAGCAGACGCCGCCGCCAAGAUGGCCCUGGCGGACGUAAACAUCACGCCGCUCCCCCUGCCACUCUCCACGGCCAAACGCCUAAUUUCCCGCACCUGCCGCGCCUCCUGGGACGACACGCUCGCCAACACCCUCCGCAUCACCUCCAUGGGUCAAUACCGCACCAACUCCUCCCCACAGCCGUGGGUACGGAAAACGUCCCGCGUCCUAGACGUGGCCUUGACGCGCCUUCGCCUGGGCCACACACGACUCGGCGCUCACCUCCUCCGCCUGCGCCUCGUCCCCGACCCUCACUGCCCCUGUGCCCAAAGAGAGGUCACGCCGUAG